AAGCAGCAACGACCAUUCACCACUGAGUUACCGGCCUUGGCUACACAGCUCCUUGGCUUGAUCUCAAGUUUAUAACACUUACUGGAAAGAUAGCUUCACUCUGAUCUCAUCUCAAUCUUCUUACUGCUUUGAAACAGCUUCUCCCUCAGAUUUGCUACCCUGCUCAAGUGGAAAUAUCUCUACCCGUACUCGUCUUUGAGUUACUCGGUAGUACCACAGUCUAGCCAUGCUCAGUCGGCUAUGGGGAGGCAGCACGCCGCCUGUAGGCUCACUCUCGGCCAUGUCUAUCCCUGAGAGAUCAGCCCGCAUGGUACAUGCCAAUACAGGUCUCUCUGCCAUCAUGAAUGACGAUAUGAUACAAGCCAACGCCGUCCUCAGCCAGCACGAAGACGCUUUCCACCUCACAGGCCGCGCCAUUGCGUCGUUCCUUGAGGCCAUGCUUGGUGGCGAACGUGAGGGUAUUCAAAAGGCAGGCGUGUUGCUCAAUGAAGCGCACACGGCUUUAGACGCGGAAAUAGCAUAUGCCAAGGCAGACCCUGAUAGCGUCUUUUCUGCUGGCAGCGUCUACCGAGUCAUUCUCGCCAAUGUUCUGCUGAUGAGUGCUAUCACUGGAUUUCUAUCAGAGAGCAUGACAGAGUCGAUGAAGUCCGUGUGGAAGCUGAAACGUGCCUAUGGAUCUUUUGACAGUAUGCACAACUACAUUCAAGCCCAUUCGCUGGCUGAACACUAUGCCAAAGUCUCCGAUCCUGACUUGGACGGUAUUGCGUAUAUUGACCAUCAAACCUAUUGCUCAGCAGUAGCUGGGUUUGGCAUGCAAACCCUAGUCAUCUCACUCUUGCCACCAAAAGUCGGUCGUAUCCUCAGUCUGAUUGGAUUCAAAGGUUCUCGAGAACAAGGGCUCGCUUCUCUUUGGAGUGUUGCAGAAUCAUCAACCAUCCCUGGUGCCUUGUCACUGCUUGGCAUUUUGUUGUAUUACAACGGUUUGCUUCACUUUUGCGACAUUGCUCCAGAUUCGCGAGAUGAUAUGGAACGUUGUGCAGCGUUAUUGGAGAAGGCGCAUUCACGCUAUCCAGAGUCUGCCAUCUGGCAACUACAAAUGGCACGACUCAAGCUUCAACAAGCCAAACUUGCAGAAGGCACCAAAAUUCUCGAAGACAUGACGAGUGCCAGUCAAAUGAAGCAAAUUGCAAGUCUCAAGCUCUAUGACCUUGGUCUGUCUCAAAUCUUUAGCAUGAGAUGGCUCGAUGCAGUAGAAACUUACAUACUUGUCGGAGCACAAAGUACCUGGUCAGAGAGCGCGUAUGCAUACAUCAUCUUUCUCUGCCUACAUCAGCAGUGGAUCGCAACCAAAGAUGAGGCCAUUGCUGCUAAAGCCGAGAAAGCGCUGACUACUGCUCAAGAAACUGGUGGACACAAAAAGAUGAUGGGCAAGCCAAUCCCCUUGGAAAUGCUCGUCUUGCGAAAACACGCACGAUGGCUAGCGCUGAGUCAGGAGAAGGGUUGUUCUAUCCUGGAGGCUGUGGAUGGGUGUCCGGCUGCUGAAUUUGUGCAUCUCUUCAAUGGUUGGCGGUCCAUGCCUCCUGACGUACUGGAGCAAUGGCUACAACUACUUCCUCCACUGUCUGGACGUAUCGACGCGGACGCAGUUAUUGACGUGAUUCGUGCCGCAAUCUUGCGCAACCUGGGCCAAGUAGCAGAGGCUCAAGAAAUUUUGACACCAACCUUGUCCAUGACAAGACCACAAUUCAUGGAGCUGCCUUAUUCGGAGCUGUGGGUCAUGCCGUUCGCAUACUACGAACAGGCCUGCCUCUACUGGGCUCGCGACGGCAAGGCUGCCAAGGAAGACAUUCGCCACUGGAUUCAACGUGCUCGAUCCUUUGGUGACACUGAAAUGGAAUCACGACUAGAUAUUCGACUUACAACUGCUUUAAAUACGAUAGACGGGGAGACAUGACCAUAAUGAACUUACAGCUUUGCCUUUUGAGCAGCCAAAAUUUCUUGCUGUGCUUUUGUUCGCAACUCACGUCUCAGAAUCUUGCCACUGGCACUCUUGGGGAUGGCAUCAAUGAAGAUGACGCCGCCCCUCAACCACUUGUAGCGUGCUGCUUUACCCUCAACAAAAGUCUUCACGUCCUGCUCGGAUAAGCUUGGGCUUGACUUGACGACAUAUGCACGUGGGGCUUCCGUGUCCUCGAAAGGCACACCCACCACACAGACAUCUGCAAUGUGGUCAUGGCUGAGCAAAAGAGAUUCCAACUCAGCUGGGGCCACU